AUGUUUCAGAAGAUGUUGAAUCAGCAAAUGAAGAAUUAAGUAGGGUCUCUAAAUCAAUAAAAGUAGGAAGACAUGAAUCGGAGAGUGGUGACAGAAAUUGAAGAUGUGGAUCAGGAGAUGAAAACGAUGCAAGACAUCACAAAUUUAAAAGGUCAUUUGAAGAUGAAUCAAAUAGUCAAAUCAUCCUUCAGGAAAAAUAAGGAUGAAACUACUCCAUCCAUCUACAUCGGUAAAUUCGAGAAUCAAUUAAAAUAAAUACAACAAUCGACAAUCAAAAAAUAAGGACGCAAACCACUCUCCAUUGAAAAGAACAGCACUAAAUCAGUGUUGAUGCCAGCAUCCACCGAAAGAUAUGAUUACUCAAAUUUCACCUAUAUAAACCUCAAAGUUGUUGGAAGUGGCUCAUUUGGAGUUGUACACAAAGCUAAAGUAAAUGAGACUGGAGAAAUUGUGGCCAUCAAGAAGGUUCUGCAAGAUCGCAGAUACAAAAAUAGAGAAUUAUAGAUCCUAUAAGAAUUAGAUCAUGUCAAUGUACUCAAAAUGAAACAUGCCUUCUACACUCCUGCUGAUAACAAGGAUGAAAACUACCUUAAUGUUGUAAUGGAGUACUUCUCUGACACACUUUACUCAUUCAACAAAUCAUACAUCAAGGACUUCAAAAGAAUGCCUGAUAUCCUAGUCAAACUGUUUAGUUACUAAUUAUUAAGAUCGAUUGCAUAUAUUUCAUUAUUGGGAAUAUGUCAUCGAGAUAUCAAACCCCAUAAUGUUUUAGUUAAUCCAGAAACCAAUAAAUUAUAGUUAUGUGAUUUUGGGAGUGCCAAAAAAUUAGUUAAAGGAGAACCUAAUAUAGCCUACAUUUGUUCCAGAUGCUACAGAGCUCCUGAAUUGAUAUUUGGAGCAACAGAUUAUGACACUCAAAUUGAUGUUUGGUCUGUAGGCUGUGUCAUAGCUGAACUUAUUAAUGGAGAACCGUUGUUUUUGGGAGAGUCUGCUGUUGAUUAAAUGGUUGAGAUUGUCAAAGUACUUGGAACACCAACAAGUGAACAAAUACUAAGCAUGAAUAAAAACUAUGAUAUAAAAUCUAAUUAAUUGGCUAAGAUCAAACAAAGAGAUUGGAAAAAAGUUCUUAAAACUAAAGAUACUAAGGCAAUUGAUCUAGUCUCAAAAUUACUCAAUUAUUGUCCAAAGACCAGACUCACUCCAUUUAAAUCAUUAACUCACCCUUAUUUUGAUGAACUCAGAGACAUCGACUAAUUAAAGAGUCUUUAAAGCUAGACGAAGAUUGCCAUACCUGAACUCUUCAAUUUCUCAAAUGGUAUUUAUUUCCAUAAUCCCCUUUUAGAAGAGAUAUAUAAAAUGACGUAAUAAGAGAGAAUGCAAUUAAUCCCUGAUUGGUAUGGGAUUUCAUCUAAAAUUGUAAAAACAGAAUAUUGA